UGUCGGCACCGCUGCUACGCGUUCCGUGCGCGGUAGCCGCGAUACGCUGCGCCAGAUCCAGCUAGGGCCAAAGCCAAGCAGACACGGCCGGACUGGCCAGAGGCAGGCGGCACGUAGCCAGGCAUCACGGCGCGCUCGUCCGGUUCGCACGAUACUGGCGCACACACCGACGAAACCAUAUCCUAGGUAGUCGAGUCGAUGCCACGCGCCUUAAGCAUCGCCGCAGGGUAGAUUGGAGCCACUCGCGGUAUUGCACACCGCGGAAUGCGAUAGCCGUGAUAGCGGAUCGACGGUGGCUGCGGUGUGGGUGGUACGGUAGUGUUGUAAAGUCGCGACACGUCCCUCGUCGCCACGCACAAAAUCGAGCUAGUCGAGGUUAGGUGUUAGGAUUUUCGCGCAGCGCAGUGGAGCGGAGCUCGGAAUCGCGAAACGCGGAAUCGGUUUGCGCGGGGAUUAACGGAGACACGGCGACGAACACCCGGACGGGCGGGAUGGAUGGCAAGGUCGACGACGAGAAUCAGCGCGGCGUCAACGACGGCGACUGGGUCUGUCCUGACUCGCAAUGUGCCAAUAUAAACUUUGCCAGACGUAAUUCCUGCAAUCGCUGUGGAAAAGAUAGAGGUGAAUGCCCAAAGAAGAAAAAGUUGGGUCAGGAAAUUGGAAAAGCAGCUGCAGAGAAAAGUAGAGGCCUUUUUAGCGCGGACGAUUGGCAAUGUAGUAAGUGCGGUAACGUAAACUGGGCACGACGGCAACAAUGUAAUAUGUGCAACGCCCCAAAAUUUGGUGAGAUAGAGGAACGUACGGGAUAUGGAGGUGGAUAUAAUGAUCGAGGUGUAGUCGAAUACAAGGAGAGGCGAGAUGAGGACGAUGAAUAUGACGAGUUUGGGCGACGCAAAAAAAAGCGAAAACUAGAAAAGAAUUCCGACGAUGAUUCAAAGGAUUCCAAGUACAGCAGCCCAUCGCGUAGUAAAUCUAGAGACAAGGAAGAGAGGGAUGAGGUAGACGAGGAGGAGCAGGAAGAAAAUGAGGAGGAAGAGGAAGAUGACGAGGAAGAAGAGGAAGAGGAGGAUGAGGAGGAAGAGGAUGGUGAUUUAUCUAAAUACGAUCUUAGCGAAUGGGAUGAUUUUGCACCAGCGAAAAAAAGUACGAACGGAAGUAAUAUAUCCUCGGAAGCGCAACGGUCAAGAAAUGGAGAUGAUCGGCGCGAUUCAGGCACAUCCAAUCAAUGAAAGGCUGUACAGAAGGACAGGUUUGACAUGGGUUUCGGGUAUAAAAUUGAUUAUGAUGAUCAGUUGCAGACAGCAUACAGUGUGAUGAAUUUUGCUAAAUAAUGUAUAGUCCCAGAUCCUUAAGACUUAAAGACUUAAAUAUAGCUUGCUUUUAUUGCGAUUAUAUUUUGAUAUAUCGCGUAAAGACAUCGAAUAGAGAGAGAGAGAGAGAGAGAGAGAGAUUUAGUGUCGAUUUAGCAUUCUUAAGAAAUGCAAGCAAUCUUCUCAUUUGAUAUGAAUUUUUACAGGUGAACCAGGAGACUCAAAAGGAAACACAACCAGUGCUCGCGGCAACUAAGAAAUACACAACGCAACAGGUUUUAGUAAUUUAGUAUGUACCUUUGAAUAUAAAGUGGCCGAUAAUGCGUGACUUAUUACAAAGAGAAAUCGACUAACAAUAAAGGUGCAAUUUCAUGCAGCGAAGCAAAGCUAGCUUUUAUCUCCACUUCACCUCAAUGCAAAACAGCGUAAAGACUUUAAAACAUUUGUAGUGUCAAAUGUGCCGUAGCUAAAAAAUUAUUUAAAAAAUUAAAAAGCAAUUUAAAAAAAAAUUAUGGCCAGUAUUCAUAGUCCAUUCUUAUAUUUAAGAUCGUCUUAAGUAAGCUUAGACGGUUAUAUUAUUGGUUGAAAUAUAAUCUUAAGACGACCUUAAAUAUAAGAACUGACUAUGAAUAUCGCCCUAAAUGUCUUAUUUUGUAUUUUAAAAAUAAAUUAUAAUAGCACAUCGAAUACAUGGAGCAAUAUAGAUGUAUAGUGGCAACCACAGUUGUAGUAGAGAUUAGGAGACGACACAUAAUCGCUGUACUUGCUACGAUACAUUUAUUGAGAAA